UCAUUGUAGUUGGAUUUAGCUGAGUUUUAUGCAUACUAAUGCAAAAAUGCAUAGAACUGAAAAAGUGUGUAAUUUCGUCACGAUGAGCGUAAUUUCGCCACGAAAUAAAAUAAGCAUUUUAUUCGUCUGGAAAAGCGUUUUGCAAAAUUUUUUUUACCAGACGAUAGCCCGAGAGGCGCUCUACAAAAUAUUUUCUAGGAUGAUUCAGAUUGGAUCCUUAACUUCGCAAGAAAUUACAGUUUUACCAGUAAAACCAAAAAUUUGAGGCCUUUUUUUGUAAUUUCGUCACACUCCGUAAAAUUGCUCUGGAACCUUGACAUUAAUUCCGAGAAACUUUAUUUUUUUAUCAUAGCUGAAAGUUCAAAAGCUGCGUCGAAUGACGCUAGAAUCAACUUUCUAGCUCGUGUAGUUCGCGAAAAAACUAGAGUUUUGUGCGUCAAAAACGUAAUUUCGUCACGUUUGGACAAGCUGAAGGAUAGAGAGAGACCAAGUUAAAGUUAGAGGGCUUUGUAGAGCAGAGGUCAGUUGUUCGAAACCGGGUAGUACUAGGUAGUUCUAGGUAGUACUGAUAGUGCUAGAUAGUAUUGACUACUAAUGCAUAGUAGUGCAUAGUAAUAGGUAGGAAUAGUAGCUAAGGGUUAUGAACAUGGACAUUUGCACCAAAGUCAUAUUAUCUAUAGUUUUGCACUUUGUUGCAAGAACGAAUUCUCCAUCCUAUGAAAAAAAUAGUUAUUCAUCAUGUAUAUCUCGAUGUACAAUAAUAACCUUAAUAGGUUUCAUUUAUGACAAGAGUACAUUUUGUGCUAGAUAAUUUGAAUUUUAAUGUUAAUAAUUGAUUCAAAAAGCCAUACUUUUGUUUUUCUAGAUCACAUAAUACUUAUGACUAUUAAUGAAUUUGAAAAUCUAAGUGACGAAUUACUUAUGCAAAUAUUAGAAUAUUUGGAUAUUUACUAUAUGUAUACAGCUUUUGAUGGUCUUAAUGCACGUUUCAAUAAUAUUUUAGGAGACAAACAUCUUAAACUAACAUUGGAUACAAAAAAUAUACUUUAUCUUAAAAAAUUUGAUAUCAAAACAUAUAUUAAACGUUUAGUAUCAUUAACAGUAUCAUGUGUAAUUGAUCCACAAUUUUCUUUAGCACAAUGUUGUGCACUUGAAAUAUUAACAAUUACCAAUGAUUGUGAUAUACAAAAUAUUUUACAAAUAAUAGAAAUAUUAAAAAAUUCAUCAAAACUUUCCACAUUAGUUAUUUGUAAAAAUAGUGUAAAUGAAAAAACAUUAAUUACCUUGAUGAUAAAACUUCUUUUUCAAAAUUAUCUUAUACAAUUAAAAACAUUAAAAAUAUGUCAAAAUUAUUUACUAGAUUUUGAUACGACAAACAAUAUAACGCAGAAAAAUAAUUUAGUUUAUUUAACAAUUCGAUGUAACCUUCCUACUCUAUUGCAAAUUCUUGAAUCAAGUUUAAAUUUAAAAUAUUUGAAAGUUACGGACAUAAUGCCUGGUGUUAAAUUGGCUAGAAGUAUAUCAUUUGAUAAAAUUUUGAUAAAUUUAAAACAUUUUAGAAUUCAUAACUGUGGUAUUUCAUAUAAUACUCUACAACGACUCAUAAAAUUAAUGCCUAAUUUAAAAUGGUUUGAAUUAACCGCUGUUACUGAUGAACGUUCAGAUUUUGUCAAUGGUCAAAAACUACAACAUUUAUUAUUAUCAUCUACAAUUCGAUUUAAAUUAGCUCUUGCAAUUCUGUUAGAAUCUGUUGAUAUGGUAAACAUUAUUCUAACAACGUUUCAAGGUAAUUAUUGGCAAAAUGCAAAAUGUUGGUCAAGUAACGGUUGGUUAUAUAAACUAACUGCUAUAGGUGGUCACUAG